GGGCUCCGCCGUUCCCCUUUACCUGCGUCAUGCACUCACGGCAACGCGUCCGUCUUUUAUAUUUCUCACAAACAAUUGAACAAAUUAAAAGAAAAGGUCUAAUUACUCGCCUCUCUUGCUCGCCAACGCCAGUGGCCAGAGGCCCAGAGCUUCGUCAAAGACACGCCGAAAAGAGGGGGAGGCGACUCGGCCGAGGUCCGGUUCCGAACUCCGGUCCUCCGAUUUGCGCGUCCGGAUCUACCAGCCAUGGCAUCAUCUUCGGACCCGUGGAUGAAGGAGUACAAUGAAGCAUCCAGACUUGCUGAUGACAUCAGUUCCAUGAUUGCUGAUAGAGGGUCCCUUCCACAAUCAGGCCCAGAAAUUAUGCGGCAUACUUCAGCCAUCCGGAGAAAAAUAACUAUUCUUGGGACUAGACUGGAUAGCUUGGAGUCGUUGCUUGGCAGAAUUCCUCCAAAGUCAAUCACUGACAAGGAGAUGCAUAAGCGCCAAGACAUGUUUUCCAGUUUGAAGUCUAAAGCAAAGCAGAUGGCGACAAGUUUCAACAUGUCAAACUUUGCUAACAGGGAGGAUCUGCUUGGUCAGAGUAAAAAGGCAGAUGACAUGAGCAGAGUUGCUGGGUUAGAUAACCAAGGGAUUGUUGUCCUUCAGAGGCAAAUUAUGAAAGAGCAAGAUGAGGGUCUUGAGAAACUGGAAGAGACAGUGCUGAGCACAAAGCAUAUUGCAUUAGCAGUCAAUGAAGAACUUACCCUGCACACAAGAUUGAUAGAUGACCUUGAAGAUCAUGUUGAUGUUACAAAUUCACGUCUUCAGAUUGUAAGUUCUGGAUACACUAUGUGACUAUGUCUAGAUACAUAGCAACAGUUAUAUAGCAUGUACUUCAAAAACCCAGAACGACAUACAAUUUGGAACAGAGUACUAUGUAGAAUUUUUUACUGCAACAUGCUAUUUAAACUUCUCAAGUUUGCAAUGGAACACUGAUACAUAAUUC